UGUUUACGUACCUAUGUCUCUCAAUUUUUGUUAAUUUCAGAAUAUGAUUGAGCCAAAUGAACAUGUUUCCAAAAAAAGUGCAGUUUGUUUUCUCACUGCAUCAAUUAUAAUCUCCGCUAUUAUCCCAUUAUUUUUUAUAAUUAUUGGAACAUUUAACAUAUUCUCUUGUUCUUCACCAAUACUCCCUCUGUGGCUGAUCGGAAUUGCUAUUUUGAUAAUUAUCGAGAGAGUGGUAUCUUGGAGGAUUUUGAUAAGCGAAACUCAAUUUGAAAAUGAAAAUCCCAUUCCGAAAACUGACGACUUGAAGCAGAUAAAGUCCUGGGAGAAGAGUCGAAUGGAAAAUACUUCGAAGUGGUUGAUUCUCGGGAAGAAUAACUUGAGAAUUUUGAUGUUUGUUGGAAUAAUCUGCGGCACCCUCGAAAGUUACGACAGACUCAUACAUUCCGACUAUCAAUGCAGCAUAAUUGUUCCAAUUUCUGUUUUUGUUUUUAGCAUUGUUACUUGCAUUGUUUACCUAUUCUCAAUUGUUGGGUCAAUUUAUAUUUGGUGUGUCUCUGGCUUGACUAAGCUUGACCGCUGGACAAAAUCAUCACUACAUCAGGUUUUGUAAAGUGAAACGCAAAUAAAUAUACAGAACGCAAAUAAAUUUUUAAAA